AUGAUUUCAACAACAGCGUCUGUUUCUUCGACGUCCAUAUUCAAUACAACCCCUUCUUCAUCUGUAGUUGACAUUAAUGCAACAACCUCGAACUACCUCUACACACCGUCUGCGUCCUACGACAUCAUCAACAACACCAACAUCACAAAUUUCACUGAUGGAAUAUACCCGGUAUUUCCAAGUUACAUUAGGACCACGUCAAUGGUGUUUUGUAUAAUCAUCAUGUGUCUCGGCGUCAUAGGUAACGUUAUGGUACCUAUAGUGAUUUUUAAGACUAAGGAUAUGCGGAAUAGUACGAAUAUAUUCUUGGUGAAUUUAAGUGUGGCCGAUCUGAUGGUUUUAUUGGUUUGUACACCUACUGUGCUUGUGGAAGUGAAUUCUAGACCUGAGACGUGGGUGCUUGGAAGGGAGAUGUGCAAAGCCGUUCCUUUCGUAGAACUGACCGUGGCCCACGCUUCGGUACUUACCAUCCUCGCCAUAAGUUUCGAACGUUACUACGCCAUCUGCAAACCCCUCAAAGCUGGAUACAUUUGCACCAAAGCUCGCGCGUCUCUUAUAUGCUUGCUAGCUUGGUUUGUGGCAGCAGUUUUCACAAGCCCGAUGAUAGGAAUAGCAGAAUUCAAACACAUAGAAUAUUUCGACGGUUCCAAGGUACCAGCCUGCCACACUCUAGCCAACACUUUCUGGUCCGCCUUGUAUUUCCUCAGCAGUAUUUUCCUAUUUUUUAUAGUUCCUUUAGUACUACUCCUAAUAUUGUAUUUCGUAAUAGCCAAAAAUUUAAUUUCAAACGCUGCGACGUUAGUGUUAAAUAAACAUAUAGACAAUUAUUCAAUAAGAGCUAGAAGACAAGUAAUUUUAAUGUUAGGAACCGUAGUUUUAAGUUUUUUCCUGUGCUUAAUACCAUUUAGAAUAUUCAUCUUCUGGAUAAUCGUAGUACCAGAAGAAAAUGUAUUUAAAUUAGGUGUGGAAAAGUACUACAAUAUUUUGUACUUUUGCAGAAUUAUGGUGUACUUAAAUUCGGCUGUCAAUCCAAUUUUAUACAAUCUAAUGAGUUCGAAAUUUCGUCACGGUUUUGUAAUUUGCUCUGAUACAAACAGGCACUUUUUUAGAAGAUCAAGAAACGGCACUACUAGUACAACAGCUACUAGAAGUAGCAGCACUUUCAGAAGCAGUCACGAUAGUUACAAUUACAGGGUGUGUUACAGACCGAGACAUUUAAUAAAAGGUUUUAGCGAGUCACCUGAUUCAACCAAAAGUACAGAUUCUCAUUCUGUAAUAUUAAAAGAUAUGACAGGAAAUAGCAAAUCGUUAAAAAAUACUAGUAUCGAUGAAGAAUACGACGAUUUUGAUCUGGAUACCCAUGAGAAUCCAGAUUACAAUGUUUUUACCGAAAAAGUGAUUAUGUACAAUCAAGAAAGACGGAGAGAAUUUCAAAAUUUUUUUCAGGAAAAUUGUUGCAAUGAGGAACAAAUAGAUCUCAAGGAAAAAUUUGUCAAAAGAAAUCGUAGACACGAGCAAGAAAGUUUCGUUUGA